ACUGCAGCAGCUGGCGCACGAUACAAAAUUCAAGACAUUCCUCUCGCUCUCUUCUUUUAGAAUUAAUCACCCCGUUUCGGCCGAAUUUCGUCCGCACCGGCGCACCCAUGGCGUUGAUUUUCUGACCAGAAGCUGUCCUUAAACUCGGACGCAAUGUGUAUAGGUCCGCUGAAGAGAAUUUGCCACUGGGGGCCUGUGACAGCCCUAGCCAUUAUCAAGAGCAUUGUAUACAUGACUGUGUACUGCAAUCGAAUGUGGUGGCCUCCGGAUUCUUCUGCUGGGGGAGCCCUCAAUUUCCUACUUUUUAUUUUACUCAGCGGACUCACAAUCUUCAACUUCCUCAGUGCCGUUUAUGUGGGACCAGGUUUCUUGCCCAACGGAUGGUGUCCGGAAAACGAGUCCGACGCCAAGUACCUGCAGGAGUGCAAAGUGUGUGGAGGCUUUAAAGCUCCGCGCUCUCACCAUUGCCGCAAGUGCAACCGCUGCGUCACAAAAAUGGACCACCACUGUCCGUGGAUCAAUAACUGCGUGGGUCAUCGUAACCACGGCCACUUCACCGCAUUCCUCUUCUUUGCCGUUCUUGGCUGCCUUCAAUCGUCGUUGGUGCUCACAUGCACCCUAUAUCAUGCACUGCACAGAGUGAAAUAUGCAUAUUACGGAGGCGGCCCAAUCAUCACUUUUACAUUGUACGGUCUAGUGGGCUGUGUUUUCUGUCUUGGCCUUGCCAUUGGUGUCGUCCUAGCUGUCGGCAUGCUUUUAUAUUUCCAAAUGAGAGCAAUUAUUCGAAACCAGACUGCAAUCGAAGACUGGAUUUUGGAGAAAGCCAAGUACCGGCGGCUCCAUAGUGAAGGAAACCGGACGCCUUUUGUAUAUCCUUAUAAUUUAGGUUGUUGGAAAAAUCUGAGACAGGUAAUAACUUUGACCUGCGAGCCUGUAGGCGAUGGAGUUGAGUGGCCAGUUGUCGAAGGCUGUGACCAGUACACUUUUACUGUUGAGCAGCUUUUACAAAAGCAGGAGAAGCGGCAACGUGCCCGAAAGUACGAAGUCUUAAAAAAUUAUUCUGGUGCGUGGCUGCCCAUCUCACACGGGUUGUACACCCUUUUCUGCCCUCCAUACAGCGACGAGCCGAGACUGAGAUUGAGGCAGGGCAACGUUGUGCUUGUUACAAGGUGGAAAAAGCACUGGCUCUUUGGCGAGCUCGAACUGGCCUCGGAACACGGCCUCAAAGAGAAAUGGCGACUGAGAGGCUGGUUUCCUCGAAACAUCGCCGUUGAUCUGAUUGACGCCACCGACGAGGAGGAUGAAGAGGAGGAUAUUGUGGAGACGAAGAAGAAGAAAUGACGAUGCUUUUUAUGGAAAGAAGCACUUUUCUGUUCUAGUCUUGAGUGUUUGUCUGAAUUUUCCCGAGAAGCUGUACAUCUAACAAAAGUGAGGCGCUUUGUGUGACAAUUUGUAAGCUAUUUUGCUAUUUUUGUUAAGUUAUAACUGCUUAUUUUGUUACUUUUCUUGUUUUUUAUAAAUAAUAAAUCAACACUGGCAGUUCAAUGCACUGCUUUUGAAUGACGAAAUAAA